AUGUAUAAAGUGUUCCAUUUCUAAGAAUAAUUUUGGAGAUGUAUUGUUACUUCUUGAUUUUAAAUAUACUUUUAUUUUUAAUAUUUCAUUUCAUAUUUGUAUAUAUUUUUACUGUGGACUACUAUUCGGGGCACUGCGCUUCGUCGUUUCGGUCCUGUCACAAGUCACGUGAUUGUGUUACUAGAAUUCGUCUUCUCGUCGGGUGAGGUAUUCUAUUUUGAUUUUUUUUUUACCUAGAGGGUACACGUAUGUUAGUGUUCUACUCGUCUAUGCUUUCCUCGGUAGUUCAUGCUAAGGUUGUAUUGUUAAAUUUCUUGCAGUUAUACAUAAAAAUUAGAAAUUAAUACAUAAAUCACGGAAUGUCAACUAUGGACGAUGUUCUUGAAAGCUGGGAAGAAAUCGAGGAAUCAGGAGCUCUUGACAAAAAGUUGGAUGCCCUCCAGUUAAAUGCGGUAGAAACAUUAGAAGAAAUAGAAUCUUCUAGCUUCAAAACCAAUCACAGUACAAAUACAAGGAUGAUAAUACUAGGCGAUGAUGGUAUGAGAUCACAAUAUGUACCUCCAAAACCAGCAGUAAAAAUAUUAAAAAGACCUACAAGGGAUUCACAAGGUAGCGGUGAUGGACCAUUAGUGAAUGGAGAUAAACCAAAGCAACCUAUAAAGACUUUAAAACAGAGGGAACAAGAAUAUGCAGAAGCAAGGAAGAGAAUAUUAGGUGAAGAAAAAAGUCCAGAGGAAAAGUUAGAACAAGAAAUAAGUAGAAUUCAACCAAAGUCGAUAACACCAAGUUGUAGUGGCCUACCAAAUAAUGUUCUUCGUAUGCCUAUUGGACCAGAUGGAACACGAGGAUUUAAUGUACGCAGGUAGCGCGUCUUUCAAGGAUCAACACUUUUCACCCAUCUUUUUCCUCUUCUUCCUUCUUCUUGGCACGGGGAAGAGAGGCGGCUAUGAGGCUGAUGGCAGGAAACAGCUUAAUGUUUCUGACCAAAUACAAGCAUUUUGCUCCUGUCAUUUCGAAUGGAGCAUAGUAACUGCUAUGCCCUAGGCAGUGCUUUACAUAGACCGUACUUACAAAAGGAUCAAGGCUAUAAAUCGGCAAAGAUGAGUCACUAUAGAAAUGGUAAUGUUUCUUACCGAUAUGAUGCUAUGUUUUGUUGAAGUUUGUCAUAUUUUAAAAACCUUUUAUUAAAAAAUUAGAAUCUACAAUCGUCGUGCAGGGAACACGUUAAGAUGAAAUAUUUGAAUUACAGUAUGACAUGAAGUGGGAAGCUAUUUUACUUUCUACACUUGUAUGUGCUACUCAAAUCUUUGAAACAAAUUGUACAAUAAAAGAUUUCUCUUAUAUCAAUUUGUUAUAUAUUUGG